UUCAAAACGAAAAAAUAAAUUUGCCGGCACGAGAAUCGCGCCAGUCAACCCCCUUUGCGCAUCUCCAGUGCGCUGGCGCAUUUCUCGUGCACCAACUAUUUUAUUUGCUUUUCCGCGAAAAAAUCAAUUUCCAUGACAGAAAACGACAAAAAAUCGCAAUAUUUUUCGAAUGGAGACUUUGAAAAAGUCGCUGCCGAUAUUAUUAGUAGUCCGAGACGUCUGAAGCACACGAGUCCAGCCGAUUCCAACGCGGAUUCUCUCUUCAAAAUCACUGAAAAACAGCAGGAAUACUACACAAAAUGCUUCCGUCACUUAAUAAAAACCACUCAAGGCGCCGCAGACCUCUGCGGAGCCCUUUGCGGAGCCGAUCAACGAAUUGUAGCGUUUUUCAAGAGAAGCUCGCUGGAUAUGAGCUCUUUAUCGAAAAUCUGGUCGCUGGCCGAUGUGAAUGAAGACGGAUGGUUGGAUUUAAACGAAUUCUCGAUUGCGAUGCAUUUAGUAGUGUUGAAAGUGAAAGGAGAAGUUCCGAUUCCUGAUGUGCUACCCGGUUUCGCGCGGCCACCACUUACAGAGCCACGGGCUCCGUCUACAGUUGCGGCGACGCCUAGUCCCGCCGGUGCAGGACAUGUAGAAGCUGAUGGGCCAGUGAAAAAUUGGGCAAACCAGCCAAUCAUCAAACAAUUCUCGGAUACACCGCCAUUAUUAGUGGACAGUAGGCCAACAGCUAUCAAGCAUUCUGCAUUGUUAGCACUUAAGAGUCCACUGGGACCCCCACCAAUUCCACCUGUCCGCCCACAACAACAACAACGUGGACACAACAGAAGUGCAAGUCUUGACUUGAAAUUGAUUGCAUUGAAUAAGACAAAAGCCUCGGCGGAAUCCCAGCUACCACCAACUACCCUAUCACUUUGGUCAUCACAUUCCGAUCCGACAGCUCAAUCGAUUAGUACUACAACGACUACGACUACUUUUGCGUCUUUUCCUGCCACCCCGGACAGUAUUCCACCGCCGAUUCCACAAAGAAUCACACCGUCACCUCUACCGAGAGUCAUCGAAGAGGAAAAACGAAUUACCACAACAGAUUCAUCAACACAAACUACAGAAUUACUCUAUUCUGAGGAAGAUGUGAAGAGCUUUUUCUCGAAAAUCGGCCAUCAAAUCGACGAUUUAAUUGGAGAAGAGAUUCAGGCAACUGAUGGGCAAGGAAUUGAACGAUGGAAGGAACGUUGUACAGCUUUGAGGACUCAAAAUUCGGAAUUAGAAGCCGAAAGAGCACGGUUGGCUCAAGUACGGAUUCAAUUGGAAAUACGAAUUCAGGAAUUUGAAGAGAGAUCCAAAACUGCGUGCUCUUCUUCUACACUUUAAUGAUAUCCCCGGUGGAGGAAAAAUGGAUGGGAAAUUCGAAUUUUUGAGGAAAAAUAGGAAAAAAAUAAUUUUUUUCGGCUUGAAAAACUAGGAAAUAACACAUUUUAUUUCGAAUUUUCCGGAAAAAAUUUUUUUUUUGGAAAAAACUCAAUUUUUAGCUGGAAAAAUAGAAUUUUUAAAGAUUUAUUACGUUUGGUUAGGAAAAUAACAAAAAAAUUCGAAAUGUAUCAAUUUCUAUGGAAAAUUAUUUUUUCUGAAAAUUUAUUGAUUUUUCUGAAAAUUUAUUGAUUUUUCUGAAAAUUUAUCGAUUUUUCUGAAAAUUUAUUGAUUUUUCUGAAAAUUUAUCGAUUUUUCUGAAAAUUUAUCGAUUUCUAUGGAAAAUUUAUUGAUUUUUCUGGUUUUUCGCAUUAAAAAACAUGAAAUUUGCCCAUUUUAGAGCAAAUUUUCAAAAAUUUCUGAGAAAAAGGUAUUUCCCGAAAUUAAAUUUAACUUCUAAAAAAGUUUUUAAUUAUUUUCUAUCAAAAAUUCGAAUUUCCCACCAAUUUCUCCCCCAGAUUCCCCGCAAAAAACUAAAAAAUCUGCAUAUUUCUUCAUAAUUUCUGUGAUAUGUCAUAUAUAUAUUUCAUUUUUACCUAUGUUGUAAUUUUUUAAAAUAAGCAUCAAUUUUUCUAUUUUCUGUGAUAAUUUAAU